UCUAGUGAGAACCAGAGUGACUGGUGCCUGGGGAACCGUAGUAACCUGAGUGUUCUGUGUGUGUUCUGUGUUCUAGGUCAGCAGGUUCUAGGUCUGGUGGAGAACCAGAGUGACUGGUGCCUGGGGAACCAUAGUAACCUGAGUGUUCUGUGUUCUAGGUCAGCAGGUUCUAGGUCUGGUGGAGAACCAGAGUGACUGGUACCUGGGGAACCUGUGGAAGAAUCAUCGACCCUGGCCCGCCCUGGAGAGGGGCUUCAAUACAGGUGAGAGACACACAUGAAUGCAAACACACACACACACACACACACACACACACACACACACACACAUACAACACACACACACACCCACACACACACACACACACACACACACACACACACACACACACACACACACACACACACACAAGGUAAUUUCUUCACUCUGAGAAAUAUGUGGUCAACACUUUCUAUGAGUACAAACUCUAUUCACAAUGAAAAUGAUAAUGAGUAACUUUUCACUAUAUUUUCCCUGCCUGAGCUGCCUGUGAGUUUUCUCACCAAUAACAGAAGUAUUACUUCUGGUUCCUCUCUUCUUGGGGAGAGAGACAGAAUGAAUAAUGUCUUGGAUUGGAACAAACAAACCGUCUCUCUCUCCACCCUGCUGGGUCCAUCUUCUACAGCUAGAGGCAGGCUGUGUCUCAAAUGCCACUAUAUUCCCUAUAUCUCCUAUAUAGUGCACUACUUUUCACCAGGGCCCAUAGGGAAUAGUGCGCCAUUUGAGACUCAGCCCCAGAGAGAAACAGAGCCGCAAACCGCCAAAUGAACGCCGGCUGGCUGUAAUAUUGCUGCUAUAUCUAAUGCAUUAGGCGAUAAUGGCCUCUUCAACAGAUGGCCAGGCUACAGAGGGUCUUUCAUCUCUGAAGAAGUCUCUUUUGUGUUCAGUAACACAGGAAGUGAUGUGAUGAAAAUAUGUUGCAGCGACGGUGUGGUUGUGAUCACUUCCUCUCUGUUUGAAAUGAAAGCUGAGAAGAUUUGGCAUGAGCCCUCAGAUCCUCAAAAAAGUUCUACAGCUGCACCAUCGAGAGCAUCCUGACUGGUUGCGUCACCGCUUGGUAUGGCAACUGCUUGGCAUCCGACCACAAGGCGCUACAGAGGGUAGUGCGUACGGCCCAGUACAUCACUGGGGCCAAGCUCCCUGGCUACCAGGCGGUGUCAGAGGAAGGCUCUAAAAAUGGUCAAAGACUCCAGCCACCCAAGUCAUAGACUGUUCUCUCUGCAACCGCACAGUUAGACAUCACUGUUAAGUCAGGUCAUGUGUAACCUGUUGAUUGAGACCGUUAAGUCAGGUCAUGUGUAACCUGUUGAUUGAGACUGUUAAGUCAGGUCAUGUGUAACCUGUUGAUUGAGACUGUUAAGUCAGGUCAUGUGUAACCUGUUGAUUGAGACUGUUAAGUCAGGUCAUGUGUCCUCUGUUCCAGGUGUGAUCUUGCUGCUGCUGGACCGACUGAGGAAGCUGAGGUGGGAACAGAUGUGGAGACUGACGGCAGAGAGAGAACUGAUGAGCAUGUUGUCUACAUCACUGGCUGACCAGGUAACACACACACACACACGUUUGAACACACACACACACACGUACGAACGCGCACACACACACACACACACACGUACGAACGCGCACACACACACACACGUACGAACGUGCACACACACACACACGUACGAACGUGCACACACACGUACGAACGCGCACACACACACGUACAAACACGCACGCACACACACACAUACGAAAGCGCGCACACACAUAUACGAACGCACACACACGCACAUGGUCAGAAACUUGCAAACACACAUGCACGCCCGCCAACACACACACAUACACACACACACACACACACACACACAGAAUCAUAAACACACCCUGUAUUCAACUACUUGAAGUUCACCAUUAAAAUGGCUGGAUUAUUACACUUCAGACUUGAGUAUUUUAUGUUAAUUGAACACCAAGGAUUUUAUUUAAGAGCUGCUUCAAGCUCACAUAAAUGAGAAGCACGUUUACGAUGUUUUCAUUAAAUGUUAAUUAAAUAAAGUUCUGUCAAUGUAUUGUAGUUUGGAAUUUGUGAAGAUUCUAGAAGUGUUUUAGUGUUCCAUGAUUCCAUUCGCCUCCUGCUGUGUUCCGUUCAACCCUCCAAUCAGCUGUUCCCUCCUCUUUACAGAUCCGUUCAUUAUGAGGAUAACAACAAGCUUUAUAAUGUCUCCUAUUAGGAGAAUAUGCACUGUCUCUGAACCAGCAAGAUCUCAAAGUCAAAGAAAUCAUAGUCAAAUACUGUCUCUGAACCAGCAAGAUCUCAGUCAGAGAAAACAUAGUCAAAUACGGUCUCUGAACCAGCAAGAUCUCAGUCAGAGAAAACAUAGUCAAAUACUGUCUCUGAACCAGCAAGAUCUCAAAGUCAAAGAAAUCAUAGUCAAAUACUGUCUCUGAACCAGCAAGAUCUCAGUCAGAGAAAACAUAGUCAAAUACGGUCUCUGAACCAGCAAGAUCUCAGUCAGAGAAAACAUAGUCCGGAAAUACGGUCUCUGAACCAGCAAGAUCUCAGUCAGAGAAAACAUAGUCAAAUACCGUCACUGUUAGAACUUCUAUUAAAGAAAGCCCUUGAAGUAUCCGGCGGCAGCUAUUGUAUCUGAGGGGUUGUUCUUACAUGUGAGAUAUAAUCGUACCGGUACGGUCAUGCUGAUUAACAUAAGAGGUACCAAGACAGUGUCUGUUUCACCCAAUGGAGAAGAGGUCUGUUACUAGAGGGUCUUUAUCAGUUAAAAUACAGAGAGAACACCAAUGGAGAAGAGUUACCCUGACAUAGACAGUAGGGUUUAUAGUAUAUGAACCGUUCUAAGGUUUCUAGAUGAUUCAAUAUAACAGAGACAGUAGGGUUUAUAGUAUAUGAACCGUUCUAAGGUGUCUAGAUGAUUCAAUAUAACAUAGACAGUAGGGUUUAUAGGAUAUGAGGUGAGAACGUCUGGUCUGGUCUGGUCUGCACAUGAUUUAAUCUGCAGUUCUGGUAUCUCUGUCUAUGUUUGUGAUCUGCAGCAAGUACUGGUCUCUCUUUUUCUGUGAUCUGCGGCGAUGUCUGGGGCCGUAUGUAUAAAGCCUCUGAGAGUAGGAGUGUUGAUCUAGUAUCAGGACCCCGUCCCGUCCAUAUAAUCUGACUCAUUAUGAUCUAAAAUACACUCCUACUCUGUCCAUAUAAUCUGACUCAUUAUGAUCUAAAAUACACUCCUACUCUGUCCAUAUAAUCUGACUCAUUAUGAUCUAAAAUACACUCCUACUCUGUCCAUAUAAUCUGACUCAUUAUGAUCUAAAAUACACUCCUACUCUGUCCAUAUAAUCUGACUCAUUAUGAUCUAAAAUACACUCCUACUCUGUCCAUAUAAUCUGAUUCAUUAUGAUCUAAAAUACACUCCUACUCUGUCCAUAUAAUCUGACUCAUUAUGAUCUAAAAUUUGUUUGAAAAAUACACUCCUACUCUGUCCAUAUAAUCUGACUCCAUUAUGAUCUAAAAUACACUCCUACUCUGUCCAUAUAAUCUGAUUCAUUAUGAUCUAAAAUACACUCCUACUCUGUCCAUAUAAUCUGAUUCAUUAUGAUCUAAAUACACUCCUACUCUGUCCAUAUAAUCUGAUCAUUAUGAUCUAAAAUACACUCCUACUCUGUCCAUAUAAUCUGACUCAUUAUGAUCUAAAAUACACUCCUACUCUGUCCAUAUAAUCUGAUUCAUUAUGAUCUAAAAUACACUCCUACUCUGUCCAUAUAAUCUGACUCAUUAUGAUCUAAAAUACACUCCUACUCUGUCCAUAUAAUCUGACUCAUUAUGAUCUAAAAUACACUCCUCUCUGUCCAUAUAAUCUGACUCAUUAUGAUCUAAAUACACUCCUACUCUGUCCAUAUAAUCUGACUCAUUAUGAUCUAAAAUACACUCCUACUCUGGUCCAUAUAAUCUGACUCAUUAUGAUCUAAAAUACACUCCUACUCUGUCCAUAUAAUCUGAUCAUUAUGAUCUAAAAUACACUCCUACUCUGUCCAUAUAAUCUGACUCAUUAAGAUCUAAAAUACCACUCCUACUCUGUCCAUUUAAUCUGACUCAUUAUGAUCUAAAAUUACACUCCUACUCUGUCCAUAUAAUCUGACUCAUUAUGAUCUAAAAUACACUCCUACUCUGUCCAUAUAAUCUGACUCAUUAUGAUCUAAAAUACACUCCUACUCUGUCCAUAUAAUCUGACUCAUUAUGAUCUAAAAUACACUCCUACUCUGUCCAUAUAAUCUGAUUCAUUAUGAUCUAAAAUACACUCCUACUACUCUGUCCUAUAAUCUGACUCUUUAGAUCUAAAAUACACUCCUACUCUGUCCCGUCAAUAAGCUGACUCAUUUAGGAUCUAAAAUACACUCCUACUCUGUCCAUAUAAUCUGACUCAUUAUGAUCUAAAAUACACUCCUACUCUGUCCAUAUAAUCUGACUCAUUAUGAUCUAAAAUACACUCCUACUCUGUCUAUGUGAUCUGCAGUAAGGUCUGAUCUGUAAGGUCUGGUCUCUAUCUGUUAUCUACACUAAGGUCUGACCUGUAAGGUCUGGUCUCUAUCUGUUAUCUACACUAUGGUCUGAUCAGUAAGGUCUGGUCUCUAUCUGUUAUCUACAGUAGGUCUGACCUUAAGGGUCUGGUCUCUAUCUGUUAUCUAACUAUGGUCUGAUCUGUAAGUUCUGGUCUCUAUCUGUUAUCUACACUAAGGUCUGACCUGUAAGGUCUGGUCUCUAUCUGUUAUCUACACUAUGGUCUGACCUGUAAGGUCUGGUCUCUAUCUGUUAUCUACACUAAGGUCUGACCUGUAAGGUCUGGUCUCUAUCUGUUAUCUACACUAAGGUCUGACCUGUAAGGUCUGGUCUCUAUCUGUUAUCUACCUAAGUCUGACCUGUAAGGUCUGGUCUCUAUCUGUUAUCUACACUAAGGUCUGACCUGUAAGGUCUGGUCUCUAUCUGUUAUCUACACUAUGGUCUGAUCAGUAAGGUCUGGUCUCUAUCUGUUAUCUACAGUAAGGUCUGACCUGUAAGGUCUGGUCUCUAUUUUAUCUACACUAUGUCUGAUCUGUAAGUUCUGGUCUCAUCUGUUAUCUACACUAAGGUCUGACCUGUAGGUCUGGUCUCUAUCUGUUAUCUACACUAUGGUCUGAUCUGUAAGGUCUGGUCUCUAUCUGUUAUCUACAGUAAGGUCUGACCUGUAAGGUCUGGUCUCUAUCUGUUAUCUACACUAAGGUCUGACCUGUAAGGUCUGGUCUCUAUCUGUUAUCUACACUAAGGUCUGACCUGUAAGGUCUGGUCUCUAUCUGUUAUCUACACUAUGGUCUGAUCAGUAAGGUCUGGUCUCUAUCUGUUAUCUACAGUAAGGUCUGACCUGUAAGGUCUGGUCUCUAUCUGUUAUCUACACUAAGGUCUGACCUGUAAGGUCUGGUCUCUAUCUGUUAUCUACACUAAGGUCUGACCUGUAAGGUCUGGUCUCUAUCUGUUAUCUACAGUAAGGUCUGAUCUGUAAGGUUGUGUGUGUGUGUGUGUCUGCAGGACAUCUUCAACGCCGUGAUCAAACAGAACCCCUUCCUGGUUCACCAGCUGCCCUGCUUCUGGAAUGUUCAGCUCUCAGACCACACCCGCUCGGAGAAGUGCUACAAAGACGUGUCAGACCUCAAGGUGAGCUGAGCAUCUCACACACAGAUAGCAGCUGUUUCCAGACCCCCUCUUUUCCUCUAGGUGUGUGUGGGCUGUUCUAUGGGCUGUGUAUCUGUGUGUGUGUGUGUGUGUGUGUGUGUCUGUGUGUGUGUGUGUGUGUGUGUGUAAUGUUGGCAUCAUGCCCCCUGCUCCUUCCAGAUGCUUAUACUCUCUCUGACUGGCCUGUCAUCUCUCUGUCUCUCUGACUGGCCUGUCAUCUCUCUCUGUCUCCCUGACUGUCCUGUCAUCUCUCUCUGUCUCCCUGACUGUCCUGUCAUCUCUCUGUCUCUCUGACUGGCCUGUCAUCUCUCUGACUGGCCUGUAAUCUCUCUCUGUCUCCCUGACUGUCCUGUCAUCUCUCUCUGUCUCCCUGACUGUCCUGUCAUCUCUCUGUCUCUCUGACUGUCCUGUCACUCUCUCUCCUGACUGUCCUCUCUUUCUUCUCUCUCUGUCUCCCUUCCUGUCCUGGUCUCUCUCCCCUGUCCUCUCUGACGUCCUGUCAUCUCUCUGUCUCUCUGACUGUCCUGUCCUCUCUCUGUCUCCCUGACUGUCCUGUCAUCUCUCCUGUCUCUCUGACUGUCCUGUCAUCUCUCUGUCUCCCUGACUGUCCUGUCAUCUCUCUGUCUCCCUGACUGUCCUUCUACUCUCUCUCUGUCUCUCUGACUGUCUGUAUCUCUCUCGUCCCCUGACUGUCCUGUCAUCUCUCUGUCUCUCUGACUGUCCUGUCAUCUCUCUCUGUCUCCUGACUGUCCUGUCUCUCUCUCUGUCUCUCUGACUGUCCUGUCAUCUCUCUCUGUCUCCCUGACUGUCCUGUCAUCUCUCUGUCUCUCUGACUGUCCUGUCAUCUCUCUCUCUGAUUCCGUCUCUCCUCUGCCUGUCUCUCUCCUCUCUCUCUUCUCUCACUCUCCCUCUCCUCCUGAUGUCCUCAAUCUCUCUCUGUCUCUUGUUCUGUCUCUCUCUGCCUCUCUCUCUCUCUCGUCUCACUCUCCUCCCCCUCGUCUCUCAUUCUCUUUCUUGACACUCCUUCACUCUCUCGUCUCUCUCGAUCUCACUCUCCCAUCUUCCUCCUAACUCCUCCUCCCCCCUCUCUUCUCUUCUUCUUUCUCUUCGUCCUUCCUCUUCCUCCCUCUCUCCCCCCUUCCUCCGCUCUCCUUCUCUCUUCCUCCCUCUCUCCCCCUUCCUCCCUCUCCUCUCCUCCCUUCCUCUCUCCCCCCCUUCCUCUCUCCCCCCUUCCUCCUCUCUCUCGCCCUUCCUCCCUCUCUCUCUCCCCUUCCUCCUCCCUUCCCUCUCCCUCCCCCCCGUUCCUGCCCUCCCACCUCCAUCCCCCCUCUUCCUUCCUCCCUCUCCUCCCUUCCUGCUCUCCUCUCUCCCGCCUCUCGCUUCCUCUCCUCCCCCCACCUCCUCUUCACCCCCUUCCUCUCGUCCUCCCCCUUUCCUCUCUCUGCCGUCCCUCUCUUCCCUCUCUCCCCCCUUCCUCCUCUCUCCUCCCCCUUCCUCUCUCUACCUCCUUCCCUUCUCUCCUCUCUCUUCUCUCCCCCCUUCCUCUUCCCCCCUUGCCUCCCUAUCUCUCCCCCUUCCUCCCCUACAGGUGAUCCAUUGGAACUCUCCUAAGAAGCUGAGAGUGAAGAACAAGCACGUAGAAUUCUUCAGGAACCUCUACCUAACCUUCCUGGAGUACGAUGGAAACCUCCUGAGACGAGAACUCUUCGGCUGCCCCAGCGUGACAGACCACAACAGCGAAAACGUAUGUGGAACUAUACUGACCAAGAGUCAGUUUAAAUACAGCACUGAGAACGUAGGUGGAACUAUACUGACC